AAUAGUAUUCGUACAGCGAAGAGAAACGGCCUAAUUUAUAGUGUAUUCAUAAAAACUGCGGGUUUUUAACUUUUUAUCGCAAUUGUAAAGUAAUUGGGUUUAGUUAAAUCGGUGACUUUGUGGCCAGUGCUCGUGAAGAACAUGUUUCUUAAAUUGUUUUUGUUGAUGACAAUUUUGACAAAAGUAUCUUCAACGGUUGUUGCCGAACAAGAUUACUACAAAUAUGACGAAUACGACGAUUACGAAUACGAUGUUCCAACAUUGGAUAAAGUAGAAAACACACCAACAGACAAAACAACAUAUAAAACUGAAGCUACUACGUACAAACAUGCAAAAGGCGAACCAGGUGAAAUUUCAACAAUUAAAUGGUUAAAACAACUUGUACGAGAAGAUUCUGAAAUUAAUAAAGAUUUACCAACUACUGAUGAAGCUACUGAUGAUGAUGAAGAAGAAGAAACAUACAUCCUUACAGACAAACCUCCUAUAGAUGAUAAACCUGGUUAUGAAGUUACAGAAAUUGUUGAUGAUAUACCAAACAUUGUAACUUAUAAGCCCAUAGUAACUAAUUUCACUAUUAAAUUACCUUUGAAUAACGCUACAGUGAUUAAUGGAAAUAGUAAUGAAAAUAAGAAGAAUAAAAGUAAUGAUCCUAGAAAGAGUUCAAUAAGUAUAUUUCACGUGAAUGCUGAAUUUGAUGAUGAUAAAGAAAAGAAACCUGUAAUUCAAAAUAUAAACAUUCAUAGAAUACCUUUCGGUAUUUUCAAAGUAAAAGAUCAUGUGGAUAAAAUUAAUGAUAAUGUUUUAGAUUAUGUGCAUAGUACCGAAUUUUAUGAUGAACCACAUGAAGAACAUUAUUUUCCAAAUAUACUGGCGGCACCAGGGAACUUUUUACGGAAAUUAAGAGAGAAAGGAUCUGCUUUUUACCAUAAGUUUUUUAGCUAACUUGUGUGAUA